AUGUCCCUCGCCGCCCAACUCACCACCUCCCUCCAACAAUCCUCCUUUCCCCUCCCCUCCCCCACCCUCAUCACCACCCUCCUCUCCUCGCACCCCCAGCCCACGCUGCCCCGCCUCCUCGCCCAAGCCAAGUCCCACGUCCUCACCUCCAACCUCACCACCCCGUCCCUGCUGGACCACUCCGUCCCCAUCUUCCCCGCCCCGCUCCUCGGCCCGGACAGCCCCGAUGCCCGUCUGCCCUUUGACGUGCCCGCCCAAAUCGUCGACGUGGAGGACCUGUCCCGCUCGCGCUGGGAACAGGUCGAGGAGAUGGAGAGGAUCGAGCGCGGCGAGAUGACCAAGGGCAGGGCCGUGGUCAGGGUGGAGGAGCGCGAGGACGGGGACGGCGAUGGUGGCGGCGGCGGCGGCGGCGGCGGUGCUUCCGGAAGCCUUGCCUCUUCCGCCAACGCUGUCUCUUCGGCUGCCGCGGCGACGAGGGCCGCGAGGAGGACCAACGCUACGCAUAGGAUUGUUCUCCAGGACCGCUCAGGACGCAGGGUGUAUGGCUUGGAGCUGGUGCGCAUGGACAGGCUGGGCGUCGGCGUAACGAGGAUAGGGAAAAGGGGUUACGUCGAGACGGAGGAGAAGAAGUGGCUGGCAGAGCGGCUCAAGAUCUUGAGGGAGGCCAUUGGCGCCACGGAGAGGAGAUAG